UUCCAAUUCACAAUUUAGAUUUGAGAUGAAAUUCAAUUUUUAGAGGUUUUAAUUCAAAAAAUAAUAAUAAUGACUAACGAACGACAUUCAAAAUCUAAAUCUCCGUCAAAGUCACAUUCUGACGAUCAUCAUCGGCGUCGGCAUAGAGCUGAGGAAAGAUCAGACAGGGAUAGAGAGAAGCACAGAGACCGGGUUAAGGAUGAAGAAAGAGACAAAGAGAGAGAGAAAGAGAGAGACAAGGAAAGAGACAAGGAAAGAGAAAGAAAUAGGAAGAGAAGUAGGGAGAGGAGCAGAGAUAAAGAAAGAAAUGGCAGAGACAAAAGCAGAGAUAGGAAAAUUAAAAGACAUAGAUCAAAGACUCCUGAGCUGACUGAACCAACGAAACAAGAAGAGUUAAAACCGGAGGAGAUAGAGGGAAAUGAAGUGGCAGCUGAUUCUAAAAAACGAGUUCCGCUCUCGUUAGAAGAAAUAUUGGCAAAAAAGAAAGCUGAUCAAGAAGCAGAGAGCAAGCCGAAAUUUCUAACAAAAGAGGAACGGGCGAUGGAGGCCUUAAAGAGGAGGCAGGAGCAAGUGAACCAACAGAGGAAAGUGCAGGAGGAAGAGAGGAAGAAGCAGCAGAAUUUCAUCAAGGCGGCCAGGGAAUCUAUGGGAAUGGAUUUAUACGAGAGAGAGAGAAGGGAGAGAUGGGAACGAAGAGAAAGAGAGAGAACUGGAGAGGCCCCGGCCGAAGAAAGUGGACCCCUAGCUAAAGAAAAAUUGACCGAAAUGAAGGAAAAAGAAAAGGAGUUGGAUGCUGUCAAGGAAAGAUACCUGGGGAUGAUUAAGAAGAAGAAGCGAGUUCGUCGUCUGAAUGACCGAAAAUUUGUUUUUGAUUGGGACGCUGGCGAAGAUACGAGUACUGACUACAAUCCCAUAUACAAAGAUAAACACCAAGUUCAGUUUUUUGGCAGAGGCCACAUUGCUGGCAUAGAUAUAAAACAACAGAAGAAAGAGCAGUCUAAAUAUUAUUCUGACCUAUUAGAGAAGAGACGGACAGACGCUGAGAAAGACCAGGAAAAGACAAGAUUGAAGAAGGUAGCCACUAAGGAAGCCAAACAGAAAUGGGACGAUCGCCAUUGGUCAGAAAAGGCCUUGGAAGAAAUGACAGAACGUGAUUGGAGGAUAUUUAAAGAGGAUUACAAUAUUCAGACGAAAGGUGGGAAAAUUCCGAAUCCACUUAGAAAUUGGAAGGAGGCUAAUUUAUCCACAGAGUUAUCUGAUAUCAUUGAGAAAAUUGGUUACAAGGAUCCAACUCCCAUUCAAAGACAAGCUAUUCCGAUUGGUCUCCAGAAUCGUGACAUCAUCGGCGUGGCCGAAACCGGAAGUGGUAAGACGGCCGCAUUCCUUAUCCCACUGCUAGUCUGGAUUCUAACUCUGCCUAAAAUUGAAAGAUUCGAGGACGUGGAUUUGGGCCCGUACUCCAUCAUUUUGGCCCCUACUCGAGAGUUGGCCCAGCAGAUUGAAGAGGAGGCCGUCAAAUUCGGUGGCCCCCUAGGAAUAAGGACAGUCGCCAUCAUUGGAGGUAUCUCGAGAGAGGAGCAGGGUUUCAAAUUGAGACAGGGCUGUGAGAUCGUCAUAGCCACACCGGGAAGAUUGGUGGAUGUGUUGGAUAACAAGUACCUGGUACUGCAGAGGUGUACUUACGUGGUACUUGAUGAGGCUGACAAAAUGAUCAACAUGGGCUUCGAGCCAGACGUACAGAACAUACUCAAGUAUCUUCCUGUAUCCAAUCAGAAGCCUGAUAACGAGGAUGCAGAGGAUGAGGAAAAGUUAAAAGCGAACUUCAACACCAAAAAUAAGUUUAGACAGACCGUCAUGUUCACAGCCACCAUGCCAACAGCAGUUGAAAGGUUGGCACGAAGCUACCUAAGGAGGCCUGCCGUUGUCUACAUCGGCUCCAUUGGCAAACCAAUCGAAAGUGUAGAACAGAUUGUAUACAUGCUCUCUGAACAGGAGAAGAGAAAGAAGUUGUUGGCCAUCUUGAAUGAGGGCAUCGAACCACCAAUCAUCAUCUUCGUUAACCAGAAGAAAGGAGCUGAUGUCCUGGCUAAGUCUCUUGAGAAGAUGGGGUUCAGUGCUACGACCCUUCAUGGUGGCAAGGGGCAAGAGCAGAGAGAAUUCGCCCUGGCAAGUUUGAAAUCAGGCGGCAAACACAUCCUCGUGGCUACAGAUGUCGCCGGACGUGGUAUCGACAUCAAGGACGUUUCUCUCGUCAUCAAUUACGACAUGGCUAAAAAUAUCGAAGAUUACACCCAUCGUAUCGGUCGUACUGGCAGAGCAGGAAAACACGGAGUAGCCAUAUCAUUCGUAACAAAAGACGAUAGUUUGAUAUUUUACGAUUUAAAGCAAGUCCUAAUGGAGAGCACUAAUUCCUCGUGUCCACCGGAACUUGCCAACCAUCCGGACGCCCAGCAUAAACCAGGAACAGUGGUGCAAAAGAAGAGAAAGGAUGAGAUUCUCUUUAACGUGUGAUUGUCGUCAUUAGGCUUAUUAUUUGUUGUGUUAUUAUUUUUAUGGUUUUUUUGUGGAUAUAAUAAUUUUUUCUAUUGUAAUCGUUCUAAUUAUAGGAAGAGGAACUGUUUACAUUAAAUUUUGUUGACGAUAACCACGCACUGAUGCUUAUUCAAAACUUUCACGCACAUACAUACAAAAAAAUUUACAGCAUUUUUUUUAGAGACAAUUGAAUGAAUAAAUGUUUAAAAAAUGUG